AUGAAUAAUACUCCUAGGGUCAGACGGGACUGCGAGGAUGAUUCCCAACAAAUGAAGACCUUCAAGGCCACAACGAUUCCCAACGUCAUCCUCAUUCUGAUGACAAUGAUGACGUUUGUUGGCGCUGGUGCAUUCACGGUUGACGAUACUACCGGCAAGUCAACCCAUAGUCCUGACCCACGUUCUCUCCGUAUGCCGGUGGUGAAGGAGGUUCCCGAUAAUUGCUUGCCUCCUAACCAGAGGAGGGACCAUUGCGUGUUCAUCCUCGAGGAUUCUUAUCAAGUCAAUGGUGGCACUUUGCUUGCCUCCAAUAAGUCUGACUCGAGAACGGUCGACUUCGAGAUUGGAGUGUUGCUCGCGUCGAACAAGAGACCGGUCGAUGUGGGUGUUUGGGUCUCUGGUACGAGUACCUGGGAAUUUAAUAUACCAGGUAACAUGUCGGUUGUAGUUCAGUUCACUGUACCGACCUUCGUGAAGAACGGCGGCCGUGAUGUUAGUAAUGGGAAGAUGAUCGACUUCCCAAUGUCCCUGGAAACCUGGGUAACUGUCCCUUACUUCGGUAUGGUGCAAGCGAAGGGGCAGGGUGAUGGUUACGCGUAUGUGCAUACGGACAAAUCCAAAAAUGGAACGCAUCAGCUCACGGCGAACAUCCAGGCAGAUAACACCAACGGUCCACUGAGCUCGAGCAUAGGGGUUCUUGUCAAGAAUGUUUACAAUCAGGAUGAAGGCGCAUGGGAGUUCACAACCGUCAUUUCAUUGUCUUUCGAUGUGUCGAUAGAUCAUUUACAGAUCUCCUACACGGAUACCAUUCCUCUCUUUUACAUUCCAAUCCCAUUCGGAUUCCCGCAUCCCUCGGAAUAG